AGUAGUCACUGUUGCACAGCGAAAAGUGCUGGCGAGUCUGCCUUUUCUGCAAGAAGCUAAUUGAGCUAGACUUAGUCGCUAUGGUUGCUCAACAAGCAGCAAUGUACAAGAUGCUUCAUCUACUCGGCCUGCUAGUGACAGCUGGUCUCCUCUCUCCUUGCAUGGCAGAGACCUUCUAUGUCACCCCAACCCUCCCAGCCCCAGCUGACUGUCCUCAACCUUGUUACACACUGGACCAGUUUACUCAAAACCAGAGUUUAUUAUCUGGCCACAACAACAUCACUCUGAUAUUCCUGGAGGGAGUUCACAAUCUCAGCGACUACCUUACUGUUAAUACUAGUUUUAUAAUCUUGCAGCCAGCACUUCCAAACCUGGGACAACGCCCGAAGAUUAUUGGUCGAUUAGACAUAACAGUGAUUUUAAUCACAUCAUCAAAUGUAUUGAUCACAGAAAUUUUGUUUGAGAAUGUUCUACUAUAUGUAUUUGAGAUUCAUGUAGCUACUAUCCGAUCGUGUAGCUUUUGUGGUCAUGGUGGUGGCUUGGAACUGGGUAACUACCAAGACCCGAUUGCCGACAGCUCAAUAGUAAUCAAAAAUUUGACUAUAUCUCAAACCUAUAGGGGAGUUUUGGUCUUGGCAGUAGAAAAAGUUUUAAUUGAGGACAGCGUGAUUUUUCAGAAUGUGUUCUAUGGAGUAACUACUGCUAACACAUCAAAUGUAACUAUUGUCAAUUCCAACAUAAGUCAUAAUGGUAUCGGCAUUCUAUCAAAUGGCUCAGGCAUUACACUGCGAAGCUCUUGGAUUGAUAGCAAUGAUGUUGGAGUUGUGCUAAUAACGAAAGAUAAGAAGGAAAUAGAUCACUGUUGUUUCACACGAAACAGAGUCGUUGGAAUAUGGUUAUUCAAUCAAGAAGAAACACUUUUCAGAGACUGUAGAUUCGAUAACAACAACGGAACACCAAUCCUAGCCUACAAAAGUACCUUCCAGUUGUCAGGAGAGAAUGUGUUUGUUAACAACAUUGCAGUAAGAGGCGGUGGUCUGGCCUUGUAUCAAUCAACAGUGGCGUUUGAUUCAGGAUCUACUACACGUUUUGAGAACAAUACAGCUCUGGAGUACGGUGGAGGGAUCUAUAUUGCUACAGAACCACCUCUCCAUCCACAGCUACUAGUUGUUACUGUGGAGAUCGAACUUUUGCAAAACUUCAUCUCUAACUUUCAUGAACCUUGCUUUUAUAACAAUGCCAGUGAUACUCAAGUGACGUUUUUUGGAAACAAUGCUAGUUUCGGUGGAAGGGAUAUUUUUGGAGUAACAGAAGUAUCAUACUUUGAGGAGAAAUGCUCAGUUUCAGAGAAUAGUAUUUUUCAUUUUGACGACUCAGUACCGAGUACUUAUCGACUUGCAUCAAACCCUUCUCGAGUGUGUUUCUGUGAAAACGAUACACAACAAUGCCAAAACCGUUCAUACCUUGUAUUAAACGAGAUGAAGUUUCCAGGGGAGAGCUUUGAGACUUCUGUAGUUUUUGUAGGAUUCAACUUUAGCAGAGUAACAGGAACUGUGUUUGCAACUGUACUGGAUGGACAGGCUGGAAGCAUCAAUGAUAAUCAACGUACACAAUCUGUCUAUGACUACGAGCACUGCACGACACUAACCUACACAGUAUUGUCCAACCAAACAAGCAGACCCCUUCAACUAAGCCUCUCUGUUGAAGAAUCGUUUGUUCAAGGCAAUCCAGACGAUAUAAUUAAAGAAAGUGUAAGUAACAUAUACUCUCUUGCAUGCAACGCUACGCACUUCCCAGCACCGUGUACAGCUCUUCUCCAUACGGCCAUCUUCAUUAACAUCACUGUUGAUAAGUGUCCACUGGGGUUUCAGCUUAAUAAUACUUCAAGUAUGUGCGGUUGCGACGAAUACAGUAAGCAGUUGAUGUUAACUUGUGAGAUUCAAAACCAUACUGGCGUUAUCACUAGAGAAGGAACUGUGUGGGUGGGAGUGGACACUGUCAAAAAUAAAACUGACCUUUACUACUUGUAUCAAUACUGUCCUAGUGACUACUGCACUAGGUCUGCAAUACCUGUUCACUUGACAUCCCCUGAUUCACAGUGCAGCUCCAACCGUGCUGGAAUACUGUGUGGGAGAUGUAAAGGUAACUACAGCCUGCAAUUAGGAGGUGAUCGGUGCAUACAAUGCAAUGACAAUAGUUCUGUUGCACUGUUGAUUGUGUUCGCCAUCCUCGGGAUUUUAUUGGUUGCUAUGAUUACAAUCUUUGACUUCACAGUUGCCAAUGGUACCAUAAAUGGACUUAUAUUCUACGCAAAUGUUGUGUGGAUUAACAAUGCUAUAUUGUUCCCACAGCGGAACAUUGGCUACUACAUCAUCACUGUGCCUAUAGCUUGGAUUAAUCUGGACUUUGGUAUUGAGACUUGUUUUAUUCAAAAUUUGGAUCAAGUAACUAAAAGUGGUUUACAGUUUGUGUUCCCAGUCUACAUCUGGUGCAUUGCUGGUCUCAUCAUUUUAGUGUCUCGGUAUUCCAUAAAAGCCACUCGAUUCUUUGGUAGAAACUCAGUUGCUGUUUUGUCCACUCUGAUCUUGCUAUCUUAUGGGAAGCUGUUCAGGAUUAUCACAAAUGUGCUUACUCCAUCUGACAUUAGUGGCUCUGGUGGUUCUAUCCGCAGAGUUUGGUUUCUGGAUGGAAAUGUUGAAUAUGGAAUAACCCCGGGUCACAUUGUCUUAAUGGUGGUUGCACUACUCUUUAUGCUAUUGUUUUGGUUGCCAUUCACUUUGACUCUCCUUCUAGUGCCCUUCCUAAAAGCCAAGUCAGACUACCGACCCCUUCGCUGGAUUAACACAUUCACGCCGUUUUUUGAUACCUUUUACGGUCCUUUCAAAGACAAGCGACAGCAUCAAGUGUGGACGGGGAUUCUGCUCAUCUCUCGUGUAGUGAUAUUGAUUAUUUCCGCAUCAACCUCAACAUCCAAUCCGAAUGCUAACAUACUGGUAAUGACCAUUAUAGCUACACUCCUGCUAUUGUUCACAUCCAUUGUUGGCUAUCUCUACAAGCAAUGGUUUGCAUCAGUGCUGGAAGUAUUGUACCUGUUCAACCUCAUCAUCUUAGGUGGAGCAUUCUUGUUUUAUGAAAAGCAACCGGAAGAUGUCCGACAAAACGACACCCUCAAUCCAGUGACUGCUACCUCAGUUUGUAUUGCUCUCCUUCAGUUUGCUUGCAUUAUAAUCUUCCACAUAUCCAAGACAGUCGGACCCAAGCUUCAGAGGCUCGCCAAGAAGAAGAGACAAGAAAUGGACAAUACAAGCGUACAAGAAGAGGAACUCAUACAAAGUGGAAGGUACAAAGUGACAACACAGGAAGUGACGUUGGGCAAUGCAACGCAGCAGCGUCAAUACUAUAAUGCCACUGAUUAUAGAGAGCCACUUCUGGAUGAUGUGUAGCAAUAAUAAUAUAUAACAUUGCGAAAGAAGUGAUACCGAGUGUGCAUACUAAUUUUACAUGCAAUUUGAGUAUGGUGAUUAGGAUAUGUAUGAUUUUUGUGCUGAUUGUUGAUUAUUAGCUGGAUUGUGCAAUAAUAUUAUAGUUUGCUUCAAUGAUG